GUAGAGCAUGCCUUGAUUUAUUUUGUAUACUUUGUAGAAGCCUCAAUUGUCGUGAAUUAGUCAUUUCAGAAGUGAGAGCAAAAGAAGAGUGGCUUUUGAAAGAUCAUCCCUUCCCUUGUGAGGAGUCAUGGAAUCCAAAGCUGUGAUCAAUACUAAGUCUAAAGAAAGGGGUGUGUUGCAAAGCCCAGAGUUAUACAAUUAUAUAAUGGAUACUAGUGUGUAUCCACGCGAACACGAGUGUCUAAAGGAGCUCAGGGCUAUCACAUCCACUCAUCCAAGGGCUGUGAUGGGUACAUCACCAAGGGCUGUGAUGGGUACAUCACCGGAUGUGGGACAGUUUUUGGACUUGCUUCUAAGGACAAUCAACGCGAAAAAGACGAUUGAAAUUGGAGUGUUUACUGGAUAUUCCCUUCUUCAAACUGCCCUCACAAUUCCAGACGAUGGAAAGAUCACAGCCAUAGACGUGAACCGGAGCUCGUAUGAGAUCGGAUUACCUAUCAUUGAAAAGGCAAGGGUGAAGCACAAGAUCAACUUCAUCGAAUCUGAGGCUCUUCCGGUUCUUGAUGAGUUACUAAAAGAUGCAGAGAAUAAGGGUUCGUUUGACUUUGCGUUCGUUGAUGCUGAUAAAGACAACUAUGCAAAUUACCAUCAGAGAAUGAUGGAGCUUCUGAAACCCGGAGGUAUAGCUAUUUACGAUAACACCCUCUGGGGAGGGUCGGUGGCAAUGGAUGAAGAGAGUUCAGUUCGGCCGAGGUCGAAGCCUGCGAGGAAGGAUUUGAUAGCGUUUAACAAGUACAUUGCAGGUGAUGCUAGGGUGAAGAUUUCUCAAGUCCCUCUUGGUGAUGGGAUCACUGUUUGUCGCCGUAACUGAAACACUACCAAUGCUCCUCAUGAAGCAACUUAUUAUGUAGGAAUAUAUUUUAAAUAAAUUGGUGUUUGAUGCUCUGCAAAUUGUUAGAUGUAGACAUCUUUUUUCCAAGGUUGGAAUUGUUGUGAUGUUUAAGUCAUUUCACAAGGUUUGUUGUGGGAUGAUAUGAUAUUGUUGCAUUCUCCUUACUUUUAAUUACUAUUGUUGUGGUUGAGUCUAUAUAUGAAUAUAUGGAGUAUCUAAGUUAAUUUAGAUCA